CUGUAUAGGAGCAAGGGUUGGGGGCGGGAGCUAGGUUUCCGGUGGCAGGGUCUGGGGAAGGGGCGGUAGGAACCAUGUCCGGCCGGGAAGGUGGCAAGAAGAAGCCCCUGAAACAACCCAAGAAGCAGGCCAAGGAGAUGGACGAGGAAGAUAAAGCUUUCAAGCAGAAACAAAAAGAGGAGCAGAAGAAACUCGAGGAACUAAAAGCGAAGGCCGCGGGGAAAGGCCCCCUGGACGAGGUGGAAUUAAGAAAUCUGGCAAAAAGUAAGCUGUUCCUUGUUCCUGAAGCCAUGAUGACUCUUGAUUCCAUUCAUAUUUAAACAUCCGUAUUCCCUGACAUAACUUCUUUUGCCACCUAUAGCUAGAACGAAGUGUUGUCUUGAAGCCUGUUGUACAUUUAAGAAUAAACUUUUAUAAAAAAUCAU